AUAAAAUAAUUUUAGAUAAAUAAAUCGUAAGUGUUGAAUUGUUGAUCAUCCAUGUAUCCAUUACAGUAUUACACCGAUUGAGGGAAGAACACCCGAAAUAAACAAUCAACAAAAACCGCAACACUCCACCUCACAGGAAUCAAUGGGCCACGCAAGAGAAGCCGUAGAGGCGGCGAAGACGGUGGUUGAGGUGGCGGAGCUUGCUUGGCACGCCGCCGAACUCCUCCAUCACAACAACCACCCUGAUCACCCCAAUAACUCCUCCGGUGAACCCAAUUGUCCUAUUUCCGUCGAAGAAUUCAAGGAUAUCCGUGACGAAAACAGGCGAUUGAAGGAAUUACUGGAGCAGAAUUUGAAGCUGCUUCAUACUAUAUCAUCUUCUCCUUCGUUUCUCACUGAUUGCCCUCCUGAUCUUCACGAACGUCUUGUGACUGCCGUUGAUUCUAAAUGCUUCUUGACUCGACUUCAGUCCCUGCGUGAUGGAUCGGUGAAUGGGGCUGAAAGGGAGUUCCCUUUCAAAGAGCCUACGGGAGAAGACUUGGAAGCUGUUGAAGUUUUAAUCAAUGUUGACCAAGAAGAACCCAGUUGGUGGGUGUGGGUCACUGAUUCUAUGGUUCCUGGAGCCGAGGAACGCAGUGGUAUAGAUGACGACAAUUACGUUGUAGUAUGUGAAGAACAUGUGGUGGAUGGAGUUGCUAACUUCCUUGCCAGAUGUAUUGUGUCAAAUCCUAAGUUGCAGAAAUUGACUCCGGAGGAGCUACAGAAAACUCUGACAAGUUCUCUCGGUGGAAUGAAUAAGGUUGAAAAGAUGCUGAAUAUAUGGCAUGCUGGGAAGAUGUUCUAUGCGCUUUCUACAUGGGGACUUGCUCUGGCAGGGUUGUACCAAAGCCGUGCAGUGCUGAAACUUGCUGCUCAUGGGGUUCACCAUACUAGUAAACUUGUACUAAAGGCCAUGUGAAGAUUGUUGUCUAACUUUAAAUUACAAUUGAGAGUAUUUUCAUUCGUCUUCUGGGACUUACUGUGUUCUCUAGUUCACUAAUCAAAUUGUAAAUAGCUGUAAAUAAAACCGAUUUGUUUUCAUUCUGUGUUUCUAUGUGGAACACUCUUUGUUUCUUCAAUUAAAUCUUUCUUGUCUAA